CAAGCCAGAAGCGGAACUGAGAAGCAACGAAUAGAAUAGAACAGACGAAACCGUGUUUCCCUUUGCCAGGUGAAGCCCUGUGUGGCGGUCUUCAUUCCUUCCUCGUAACUAACCUCAACCAGAAAUGAAACCUUAGUUAUUAGUACCUUUGGCUGCUUCAUUGGAAAUUUAUUUGUAUAAUUGCAGUGGCAAAGCAGUCUUCCUUCCUUAAUUCUUUGUUAAUACUAUUAUUUUUUGUUUAGAUUAGAUGAAGUGUGUGAAGAGCCGCGGCCUGCCCUUGUCCUUGUCCUUGCCUUCUCCAUUUCCAUCUGCUUCUCCUCCUCUGUUUCUAUUGGGCUGCACCAAAUCUAAAACAUAUCGCCCGCAGCUAUCCUUCCCCACUCCGCGUCGUUCUCGCCGUUCUCGCUCUUCUCGUUCUUCUCGCUUCCCAAGGAAUCGAAACUACGACAACGACAACAACCUUAGCCUCGGCCUUAGACGGAGCAUCGAGUUCGAAUCAUCCCCAUAUAACCACAAUGUCAAAUUGGUCCUCGACUUUGACCAAAUUUCGUCCCUGUCCUCCUCCACCGUAAACCGCCUCGUCUCUUUCUCCACUGACGCUUUCCAAGACCUCCAAAAUUUGAUUCAAAUCAAUACUCAAGCUCGCACCCUUCAACUCUCAUGCCGCAAGUCCACCCUUCAAUUUCUUGCCGCUUUCCUCACUUGUGGCUUCCUCAUUGCUUUUGCUUUGAGGGUUUUUGUUAAGAUGGGUUUGGCCUUCAAGGCUCGGUUUAGGCCUAAGCACAAGGUUAUUGUCCGGAGGGAUAGGAGUCUUGGAGGAAGAGAGGUGAUUGUAGGGACAAACAGGGACCAGGAUCACCCUUCUAAUUGCAGGGCUUUGCACAAUCCCUUAUCCUUGUCCACCGUUCCCACUGUUACCAAUAAGACCCAUUCUCCACGCCUCCAGGUUAGGGAAAAGUUGCCAAAAUGGUGGCCUCAACCGGAUUCAAUGCCUAAAGGGGGUUCUGUCUUCAAUUCCGAGUAUUACCAAACUCAGGCCAACAGAUUGAUCAGAGGCAACUUAUCUACUUCAUUUCCAGCAAUCAUCGAAAACAGAUUGGGUGGAAAAGACAUUACAGAGGAUGAUAUAAUUCAAUUGCGUCAAAUAUGCAGGACAUCUGGUGUACGGGUCUCCAUUGACACAACUAACACACGGGAUUCAUUCUAUCGUGCAUCUAUUGAGUUGGUUUUAAACGUCUGCUGCAGGGUGCCAAGUCACUCUACCUGUGUUCAGAUUGAUGGUGAAGAUGCUCGGCAAUUUCUUUCUGGGCUAGCUGAAAAUAUUGGACUUGACAAUAUCCGUGCUUCUAGAAUGGUAUCUGCUGGUGUCGCUGCACGAACACGUUUAGGAUUUUUGCAGGCUUGGGCUUUUGAAAUGCAAGGUAAACAUACUGAAGCAGUUUUGGAACUUAUGAAGAUAUGUCUUGUACACCAAAUCUUUCCUCCUGAAGAGUCCUCGCCUGAGAUGGAGAUGGUGGCUCGAGGAUUGGAGAAGAUUUUGAAGGUGGAGCAGAGGGAAUUGCUGAUGGGUAUGCUGGUAGGGGUUUGUAGCGGAGAGAGUCGAAGAAGUGCGGCAGAAGCUCUGGGUUUGGCCUGUUGACAUAUUCUCUGUUGCCAGCCAAAAGCCUCUAUAUAUUUUUUUUUACCCAAUAGACUAGAUAGCUUAAAUUCUUUUUAUUUUUAGAAAAACAGAAUGCUUUACUACAGUGUUGGGAAUAAUUAGGAGAGGAAGAAAAGAUGCUCAAAUAUGGAAAAUUUCAGGUGACAUGACUUUCUUCAAGCGUAUUUCGAUAAUUCAGCCAUUUUGCUUUAAAAUG